AUGGUCAAAGCCACUGGACUAUCAUACGCAAAGCUGGUAUUGACAUACUCCGAAUCGAAAAAUCUGAUUACCAUCAAGACCACACAUCCCCGGAGCAAUGUACUACUGGGCUAUAUUUUAUUCAAGCACGACAGAAAAAAACUCGGUACCCUUGAAUUGACCAACUUUGGUGCAGCUAUCAGUCGCCAAAACUUUACUAUGGGUGGGACGACAAAGGAUUCAGAGACCAAUCAGGCAGGCCAGCACGGUGAAGGCUUAAAGUUAGCCAGUCUAAGAUUCGCUAAAGAAAACUACCAAGUUCGUUUACAGUCUUCAGAAGUGAACUGCUAUUUCAAAUUCGACAACCUCAGCGAGCUGGGAUGUAACGUGGUAGUUAUCAGCAGAAAAAAGAUCGAAGAGGCACAGAAAAAAAUAAGCAAUCCGCGUGGUAUGCUUGCUGAUCCUGUGACCGACGUCUCUGUAAUAGUCGGUGAGCCUGGCAAGAAGCUGUGGUCGAAAGAUGGAAAGUCGGUCAAGAGCAAGAAGAUCCCAUUGCAAAAGUUCCGUCAGUGGCUGAAAAUGCACCUUUACCCAAACCCUCCAAGGAUGGUGAACACUCCACGCGGCGAUCUCAUUCUCGAUCCAGAAUACGCAGGGGCUGUUUAUGUCAAGAACCUAAAGCUCAAAGGUAUUCUGAAAUCUCAGCGAUACGGAUACAACUUUCGGGAUGGCGAGACAGGUCGAGACAGGUCAAUAUUGCUCAUGCCUGUCCGCGAAAAAGCUCAGUCAAUCAAUGCAAUCUGGGCACAUGCGAUCUCGCCAAAGCAAGAUCAUGCCCAACGUCUAGAGUUAACAGAGCUGUACACCAACCUUCUGAUAAAGAAUUUCAACCGAUAUGAUGACGUCAACAUGUUUGGCUAUCGCGACUGGCCCAAUAACCAAUGGAUAGGAGAUGUCUGGAGCCAUCUUCGCAAGAACCCAAAGAUCUUCUAUUACGAGGACACGGCAGGUGGUCAAGAGGCUUCUGAAAUCAUCGAAAACAAUCUCAAACGUGAGCCAAAAUCAUUGCCGACAUCUUUCUGGGAGCUUCUGAAAUGGGGCCUCAAGAGGCUCGGUACUACCUUGAAUACACCCCAAGAAGAGCAGAAGGCCCUGUUCGAAAAUGCUCCAAUUAUUACUGGGUUUCAUACAGAACACGCUCAAAUUUUAGAAUGGAUGCUAAAAUGCUGUACGCUCGCAUAUGAAGGCGCUGAAUCGAAGAAAUACAUUUUCGUCGACGGCAAGAACUUUGAUAUCGAUGCAGUAUAUGGCGGAGAUGGAUGGAAGAUCAACAACAAGUGGUUAAACAAUCGCGAUGCUCAUCUUGGAAGAUAUUGCAUCGCUUCGACAGAUGACUUUUCGCCAGACGAUUCUUCGACAGAUGACUAUUUCUGCUAUCACCUCGUCGAAGACUUGUGGACAACGAUGGCUUCGCAGCUUCAGCUGCACAGCGCUGAGAAGAGUGUAUUUCUUGACGGUAAAGUGAAAACUUUACUCAUGAAUACGCCCCGCAAAGGAAUGCGGCCACAACUUCUUCGCGGAACAACUGCUGACAUGUCGUGUGACUGUCCUUCACAGCGUGUGCGUAUGAGCGACCAUUAUGCGACUUUCACCGAUCUGGAUCCCGCCUUGGAUUACAUUCCUAGCGUAUCGGGUAACUACAAAGAUGCUUUCGUAGCCUUUCCACCACCACCGAGCAAACCGCGAGCUCUUAGGGUGCCCCGAAAGAAAAUUGUUGGGACUCCCAAGAAGGCGGCCACGGCUUCAUUCGUCCUGGGCGACAAGGUCGAUAACAGUGGCAUGGGUUGGCAAUCCAAUUUGCCAUGUGCGUGUUCGUACGAAUUAUAUCAUGCGGGGGGAGAAGCGAACAAAAACGUGCUCAUCGGGCUUCCUCCUGAGCACGAGAGCCGCAAGAGGAAGCGUACUUAGCAAUGUGUCUUCGCUUUGCCCAGUAUCUGCA